AUGACUUCUAAUGGUCCCAAGCCCGGCUUCUUGGGCAACAUCAACAAGGAUCAGGAAGCUAAAUUACAAAAGCUUUGGUCCCUUCUGCUCAAGGCAGGCGAAACAUCCUUAAGCAGUGAUAUUUCCAAUGACUAUGCGGAGCAUGUCAGCUUAACUCAACCCCAGAGACGGCUGUCCCUGCUCGGUCGCACACAGAGCAACGUCUCGGAAAAAGUCAUCCCCACCCCGAAUACACCAUAUCACCAAAAUAUUAUGAAAUCUCUUGGAGAAAUGGGGGCUGGGAUAACUGAAUCCAACGCUAUCAAAAAGGCCCUCUCGGAGAUCACACCUACUGAGCUUCGUACGGGAGUGCUUGACACUCUCAAACACGACCACCCCGAUGCCGUGCUUCUGCGCUUCCUCCGCGCUCGCAAAUGGGAUGUUCCCAAGUCAUUUGCAAUGAUGAUGGAAGCAGUCGUUUGGCGAGUCAAGGAGAUGCACGUAGAUGAAGAUGUGAUGGCAAAGGGAGAGCUCCAUGCCCUUAAGCAGACCCAAGACAAAUCCAGCGCAAGUGAACGGAAAGCUGGGAAUGACUUUUUGUCUCAAAUGCGCAUGGGAAAAAGUUACGUGCAUGGCGUUGAUAGGGUGGGUCGCCCAAUCGUGAUGGUAAGAGUCCGCUUGCACAAGCCUGGGGAUCAGAGUGAAGAAUCUUUGGAGCGAUAUAUUGUCCAUGUGAUUGAAUCAGUGCGACUUGUAUUGAACCCUUCCGUUGAGACUGCAGCUGUCCUAUUUGAUAUGACAGGCUUUGGACUGUCCAAUAUGGAAUAUCCUCCCGUGAAAUUCAUUCUCAGGUGUUUCGAAGCGAACUAUCCUGAAUGUUUGGGAAUAAUGCUUAUUCAUAAUGCCCCGUGGGUGUUUUCAGGAAUUUGGCGACUCAUUCGAGGCUGGAUGGAUCCUGAAAUUGCUGCCAAGGUUGAGUUCACAAAUAGCGUCGCCGACCUCGAGAAAUUCAUCCCCCGGGAUCAGAUCGUGGAAGAGGUGGGUGGUGACGAGAAGUGGUCAUACAGAUACGUUGAGCCCAGUUCCAUCGAGAACUCAAAGAUGGAUGAUACUACAACACGGGACGCCUUGAAAGGAGAGCGGCAAGCUAUUGGUGAAGAAUUCUUAGCUGCCACAUCUGCGUGGAUCAAUGCGACCAAAUCUAAGGACACGACGCAUAUCGGUUCCAGCGAAAGCGAAAGAGCGUAUUUAGCUGAGCGACUUCGGGUUAACCACUGGAAACUGGACCCCUAUGUCCGGGCUCGUCUUCUCCUGGACCGCACUAAGGUCCUUCAGGACGGUGGCAAGGUUGAAUUUUAUCCCAAGGUUCCUGGGGAGAGUGACAUGGAAAUGACCAAGGCAUUGGAGGUGGAACAUUUAGAGCGGAUUGAGAAUACCGUACCAUCCACGUUGUCCUAA